UUUCCAUUGAGUGGAUUAAACGAGCAUCUCUGUAGGUUUCGAUAGUUAAUAAAAGUUGUGAACAUCAUUGUUCAAUGAACGGAGAACUGGAAUCAGUAUAAUACAGUUCAUCAACCAAGUCUGUAACACUUGGGAACUCAUUGAUCUGAGAAGUAACUGAGUCUUAUAUUUCUAAAAUGUCAAUUUUAGACGAGCGUGACGCAUACCUUAAUAAUCCAUACUUUAGGGGCCACGAGUAUGGUAAUUUUACUCCGUUCUAUGUUGCUGUUGCUAUCUGCUCUGUUAUCGGUGGCUUCCUCUUCAUCCUGAAUAUUGCCUUUUGCUGGUGUUCUCGUCAUCGUGAUUACUGGCAGAAUCGACAUACUGGUAACCGUUGGAUACAAUCACUUUGGACAGUAACUCCACACAACAAUCCUCCAUUAGACUUGUCUGAGCUGGAAUCAGGGUUGACUAAACAUCCACAAGUGAGGGACCAAGUUGUACAGUAUCAUCAUACCAAAUCGUCAUCGGGAACACCGCAGCCACAAGAAUAUAUGGAACUUCACAAGCGAGAAAGUGAAAUCUGAUUAUUUUAAGUUUCAAGUAAAACGUCCAGCAGUAUUUACUGCAAAAUUACAAAUAUUUAUCAUACUUAGAAGACGCGGAAGUUGAAAAUGGGCUUACACGUAUUUUGGCCUGCCAGUGCCUGUUUGACAUUAUUUGUUGUAGGCGUUAUAAUGGUCCUAUUAAAGUAUGGACCACGUAUUUGUAAGACAAGACACGAACCACUUCCGUCUGAUCAAGACUGGCAAGGGAAAGCAUAUUCCCAACAAAUCUCAGUUUCACUAGCUUAGCAUAAAUAUUUUAUAAUUAUACGUACGCUAUACUAACGUAGCAGUACCUAUACUUCUUUUAUACUUUUUUAACAACAGGUAUUAUUCUCUAAAUUUUUACAAGAUUUACACUCUGCUUGAAUAGAGACAGAAAGAAACAAAGCAGAUAACUAUCAUCAUAUGAUAGUAGACUAUUUCAGAUCAUAGAUUCCUAAUUACAAUUAAAAUGUAUCAUGCAUGCUACAACCAAUCAUUCGUAUACAAUAACUGUUCAUAGAAUAUAAAUACAAGAAAGGGCAAUACUGAAUAAGUAUUUUUAAUCAAAUAUGCAAGAAGUCUCUGAGAGUAAAUGAUAUAAAGUACUGAGACUGUUGCACUUAAUAUAAAAAGAAACGAUCAUUCGUGAAACGAUGACGAAUUUAUAUCUCUAACGCUAAAUUUUAACAUAUAUUCAUUUACAUGUUUGUGACUUAUAGAUUACUAUAAAAUAAUUCCGUCCACGAGAAAUCGAAUUUUAAGUUAAUCAUACUGUAUACUUCUAAAGUGAGUGAAAGGGUAAUGCACACAUGAAAAUGAAUUUAUAUUUCGCAAAAAUUUAUUCAAUCCGUCCAAUUAUUUUUCAUAGGUGUAUAAUUAGGUUCAGAAAGAUUGUUGCGAUAGAAUUUUAUAACGCAUGUACCUUACAAUUUUACAAAUAAAAUAAAAUUGCUUUAUGUAAA